AUUAGUGGGUGUUUAUUAGGCUUUCUUAUACAUUAUAAAAUUUUAGCCAAGUUGAUGUUAACAUUUUGAAUACUCUAUUUUGUAAAUUAAUAGUAUUAUUACAAAUAUACUUAUAUCCAACUUGAAGCUAAUAUUGAACUGUUCUAAAUUAACCAUUGGGACUAUCUUGCAGGCCAGAUAUGUUAAAAUACGUAUAAUAUUAGUAAAAGGAAUAAAGUACUAAUUAUUUGGUCUUUGCAAGCUAGCCUGCAUGUUAUUGAUCUCUUUCCUACUGUAGAUUUUAGGCUGUCUAGCCCCUUUUCCUCGUCUUCAUGGGAAGGUUUAUGUUUACUUUCACCUUACUAAUAUUGAUUUGCUUUGGCCUACUCUAUGGAGGUGACGCGGAGGUAACCUACGUUAAUAUUACUGGCUGUUCACCUGCAAAAGGUAAUUAUACUGAUGGCAGCUUCUACCAACAGAAUCUCAAUCGUCUUUUCACCGAUCUCUCAUCUCAUACCUCCUCUCAGAAGUUCUAUAAUUCCACUGUUGGCAAUAUCCCCAACAAAGUUUACGGCUUGUAUCAAUGUCGAGAGGAUGUUAGCUUCAAUACAUGCAGUGAAUGCAUCCAAGCAGCAACCCAAAAGAUAGUGGAAGUUUGCCCUUUGAUGGGAGAGGCAACGGUUUGGUAUUAUGAAUGUACGUUACGGUAUGCAAACCGGUCUAUUUUUUCCUCAUAUGAAACAUAUCCUGCGGCUUUCCUGUGGAGCCUUAAAUUCAAUGUUUCAAACUAUGGUGCAUUUGCUCCAGUGCUUGCAAGAGAAUUUAACAGUUUAAUAAGACAAGCCGUUAUCGGUACAUCAUCUGGACAUUUUGCUACCGGAGAUGCCAAAUGGACAACUUUUGAACGAGUUUACUGCCUCGUUCAAUGCACCCCAGAUAUUGACGAGUUUGGGUGUAACAGCUGCUUGACAAAUGCUUUAAGCGACAUGUCAGGCUGCUGCAAUGCAAGUGCGAGGGUACUGAUCUUCAAGCCAAGCUGCCACUUGAGAUAUGAUACCUUGGAAAAAUUUUAUUUUGACAUAAACCAUGAAUUACCAGCUCCUCCGCCAUCAAACGUGACUGCAGGAGAAACCUCCAACAAACCUCCUGGAGCAACCACUGGAUUGAAGCGGCCAAUAAUUGUUGCAAUAGCUGUUGGGGCAUCCGUUGGAAUUUUGCUGCUGCUUGUUGGAGUAUGGUUGUGUGUGCAGCCAAGUAUGAGAAGCAAAGCAUCUAAGCCAACUCUUACACAAGCUUCACCACCUCAACAACCAGAUAAUGUUAGAGGCGAAGAGGGUAAUAGUCUGGGUGACACGGAAUUUGUACAAUAUGAUUUUGCUACUUUGAAGGAUGCAACAAGAAACUUCUCAAGUGAUAACAAGCUUGGAGAAGGCGGCUUUGGUGCUGUUUUCAUGGGAACCCUGAAUAAUAGACAAGUUAUAGCUAUAAAGAGGCUCUCUGGCAACUCGGGACAAGGUGCUAAGGAGUUCAUGACUGAGGCUCGUCUUGUGGCCAAGCUUCAGCACAGGAAUCUUGUCAAGCUGUUGGGCUUCUGCUCUCAAGGAGAUGAAAAACUACUUGUUUACGAGUUCUUGCCUAAUUCAAGUGUUGAUCGGUUCUUAUUUGAUCCAAGAAAGCGAGGAACACUAGAUUGGGAAACACGGUACAAAAUCAUAAUGGGGAUAGCAAGAGGACUUCAGUAUCUUCAUGAAGACUCCCGCCUUACAAUUAUACAUCGUGAUCUCAAACCCAGCAACAUUUUAUUAGAUAAGGACAUGAAUCCCAAAAUAGGUGAUUUUGGCAUGGCAAAGCUUUUUGGAAGGGAACAAAAGUUUGGAAAUACCAGCCAAAUUGUCGGAACACAUGGAUACAUGGCCCCAGAAUACAUGUUAACAGGGGAGUAUUCUGAUAAAUCUGAUGUCUAUAGUUUCGGCAUCAUAAUUCUAGAGCUCAUCAGCGGUCUGAAGAACAGAAUACAUUACCAGUCUUCACACAAGGAAGAUAUUUCAAUUCUUGCAUGGAUACUGUGGAAUGCAGGGCGAUCUUUGGAACUAUUAGAUUCAACAUUAUUGCAUGACAAUUAUACAAGUAAUCAAGUAUUGAAGUGCAUCCAAAUUGGAUUGCUAUGUGUUCAAGGAAGCGCAGUACAACGACCUACAAUGGCAGCAGUAGUUUUAAUGCUUAAUGGUUCAGUCAUCCUACCAUUACCCUCAACACCUCCCCAUCAGUUUAAUGAUAGACAGCAAACAGAUUCAACUGCGGCUGAUCAAUCCAUCUCCAAGUCUGUAACCUGGAAUACAGAAGUCGAGCGGGAUUUAUACCCGAGAUAGACACGAGGGUUGCACCAUUUGAAUACUUUAGUUUGAAGACACAAAAGGUAUCAUCACUUGAUGACUGCUGUAGUACAUGUGAUGCAAUUUGCAAAUUUCAUUUGGCUUUCUCACUAUCUGUUGUAUGAUAUCCUGAGUUGUGUUUAUGAUCAACAUUUCUUCUACUGAACAUUCCAUAAAUUCUAAUUCAACAAAAGUAUGGCAGUGUGAGUUAUUGGUAUUUGUGUUACUACUCAAUUUGUAUACACGUGUACGUAAGUUUAAACUUUCAUUGCCUUUAUACUGUGUUGUAUUAGGAACUAUGGAGUAUAUAAUUAAAGGUAUCUAUAUCUAUUUAUACUUAGUACAUAAUAACAUAAAUCAAAAGCACCACAUGUCACAUUUACUAUUUAACUUUUUUUUUCUUUCUAUUUUUUAUAAAACAUUUAUAUUAAAAUCAGUAUUUUUAAAAUUAAUUAUUACAUGUAAUUAAUCAACAUUAUUUCAUUCACAAACCUACUAAUUAAAUAUAGAUUAUAUAACGUUAAAGACUUUAAACGUUACACAA